CCCUUUAUUUGUUUUACUUUUUCUUAAGCUUGCGAGAAAGUUUAGGGGAGAUCACUCCCGCUUUAUUUAGUUUUAGGCCAAUAAACGACGUUCUACUUUUACUUUCACUUGCUAGGGUGAAAAAAAUUGCAUGUGGUUCCUGUGUGUUCAAAAUAAAUCGGCUCUAAUUCUAGCUAGUAGCUAGAGCUAGAUCUAUAUCUCUAGGUCAGGUUAGCCGGUUAACAGAAUUAAUCUGAUAACGGCUUAGGUUUUGAUUAGGAUGGCAAAGUCUGGAAAGAAGCAGCAACAGAAGUCUACAAACAGCUGUAAAGAAGAGGAAAAUACAAAUGUGAAGAAAGAGAAGAAAAAAGCUAAAGCUGAAGUUAUUGAGAAUAGCCUAGCCACAAGUCAAGAUAGCAACAAAGUAGAGAAAAAUACAGAUGUAAAGAAAAAGAAGAAAAAAGCUAAAGCCGAAGUUGACAGUGGUCUAGACACAAGUCAAGAUAGCACUAAAGGAGAAAACAUCUCAGAUGUGAAGAAAGAUAAGAAAAAAACUAAAACAAAAUCUGUCGACAGUAACCAAGACACACAUCAUGAUAGCAAUACUUUGAAAAGAAAACGCGAGUCCAGUAAGGUAGACAACCCAGAACAACAGGGGACAGAACCAGCAAAGAAAAAGAAAAGCAAACAGUCCAGUGAUAGCACGUUGGGUGUGGUGGAUACUAGUAUCUUACAGCAAGCAGAAAUCAACCUUGGUCUGCCAGGGACAGAAAGUUUACCUGCAACCACGGAGACAGACAUUAAGAAAGUCAAAAAAAAGAAGAAGAAAAAUGGAGACAAAACAGCCGCAAAUGAUAGCCAGAAGCAGUCGGAUAAAUCUCGUGAUGAAAAGUGCAUCGACUACAUCAGACAGUGGAGUUCUGAUAAAGUUGCCUGGAAGUUCAACAAAUUACUUCAGACUCGUUUACUCAACGUAAUGUAUGAUGCUAAUUUGAUCAAUGAUUCAGAUUUUACCUUAGUUCUGCAGUACUUGGAGGGACUAAAGGGAAAGGCCAAAGAAAAAACAGUUGAAGAUGCACAAAAAAUUCUUAAUGAUGACAAGCAAGAUAAUAAAGAAACAUCUGGUGACAAAGAAGACAGAGCGAAGCAAAUUCUUCAGAUUUUAAGUUGAUAAUAAAUUCACAACCUUGUUAAAGAUUUUAAAUGUAAAAAAUAAACUGGAAAAAAAUGUACAUUAAAAAACAAUUGUUUAAAAUUU